GCAGUGGACGGGGUGUGACGUGGAGAGCAAUCAGGACUGCAGGAACAGAGUUGGAACAGAAACUCACUCCACAUUUUUACGGAGGGCUGUCAGGACCGAGCGCAACGGACCCAGUUUGAAUUAGCAGCCGUUACUCACCUGAAGCUCCCGAGAAUCUGAGGAGGAUCCCCCGGGGGAACAGCGCCGAGCGGACCGGGGGCACAUGGAAACGCCAUGUAGCUGGAAAUACGGCGGUGGACUUCAUCACAGUUUCGGUCGAGAAGAUUCGAAGUGAGCUGCGAGAUAAACAUGCUCACCCCGAUGCUGGCCUCCCUGCUGCUGCCUCUUCUCUUUCUCUGUCGGAUUUCUUUUUGCCAAUACUCAAGCGACCAGUGCAGCUGGAAGGGCAGUGGUCUGACUCAUGAAGGCCACGCCAGGGAUGUUGAGCAGGUGUACUUGCGUUGCUCCCAAGGCUCUCUGGAGUGGCUCUAUCCCACGGGGGCCAUCAUCGUCAACCUGCGACCCAACACGGUCUCUCCUGCUGCCGCCCGCCUCUCCGUCUGCAUCAAACCCUCCGCAGAAUCCAGCGGCACCAAUGUCUACCUGGACCGUAACGGAAAGCUGCGGUUACUGCUGCGUGAUCAGGACCAAGCUCAGGGCAAGGUGCAGUGCUUCAGUAUCCAGGAGGGGGCACUCUUCAUUGAGGCCGUCCCGCACAUGGACAUCAGCCGCCGGAUCACGGAGUUCCAGUAUGAGCUGGUCAGCGACAGGCUUGGACCAGAUUCACAAUCACUGGAAGUACCCUGUCAGCCCUGCAGCGACACUGAGAUGCUUCUAGCAGUCUGCACCAAUGACUUUGUGGCACGGGGCAGCAUUAAGAAUCUGGAGCAGGAAGAGGAGCACUUGUCUGUCACUGUGGAGAUCAGUCGCCUCUACAGUCAGAAGACCCAGGUCUUUAUAUCUGGGGGCGUGAGGGUACGGAGGUGGACUGGCCACAUCAAGAUGCCCCUUCAGUGCGGGGUGAGGUCUGGGGAGGGUGAGUUCCUCUUCACCGGGACUGUGAGGUUUGGGGAGGCCUGGAUGGGUUGCGCCUCACGCUACAAAGACUUCCUGCGGUUGUACGACCAGGCACGGCAACAAGGGACCAACCCCUGUCACGUGGACGUAGACUGAGUGAGUUACCUGCCCACGUUUGGAUAUAUGACAAGUCCUUAUUGUUGGAGAGAAGAGCUGAACCAAACGUUCAUGCUAAGGAGAAACAAAGACUGACAGACUGGCCCAGAGCCUCUGUCUUCUCCUGCUGUCUCGUGACUCUUUGCAGACAAAGACUGGAGCUCCUGAAUGUUGCCAAGCAGCAUGCUGGAUAGACCCGCCUCUCAAAAGUCGAACGUGAUGCAACGUGGAAUGUGUUCGGACUGCCUUUGGACUGCCUUUCUCGCAGCCGAGGAACUCACAGGUUUAAAAUGUAGCAAACCUCCAUUUGGUUUUUAUUUGUAUAAAAUGUGAAUGAACAUUGUAUAUUUUGAAGCUCUGCUUGCUUUGUAAAAACAAAAAGCUUGAUGUACAGUUUUGAAGUUAUUUCUUAUGACAGAAAUGUAUAAAGUGAAAGUCUCUUAUUUUUAUUUUGUUAAAAAAAAUUAUUGGCAAUUUUAAUGCCUGAAUUCAUGAGUUUUUAUUCAAUUGUUGAAAAAGAACACACAAAAAUGCAAAAACUUUUUUUUGCAAUUGAGAAUAAAAUAUUUUAUUCCCUGAA